UGUCUUCCCUUUAGUCCAAAUGGCAGAGAUUGAACCAGGGGUUAAUCUGUUCUCAAAUGGUGUCCCUUGGCUCUAUGUGGUGUUUGCCAUACUCUUUGUAUUUUUCCUUUUUGUCAUGUUCUCACCUUUUUUGCUCGAGAUAGACCAGCACAUCAAGAAAUUCUUUCUCAGAUGCCAAUGUUCUCUGCGCAAUGCUUCCAGUAAGGAUAAAGACAAUAUUAAGAUGAAGAUGAACCAUCUGGGAGGGGCAAGAUGUCUUCUUCAGGCCCCCGGGAGAGAAGCUCCAAGAAGAGAAUCAGCUGGUAGGAGAGAAGACAGCUCAGUUCUGGUGGAAAUAGGAGGCGAGAGGACCCAGGAAGUCUGCCCAGUGACACCGGUUUGAGGUGACCACAUCUGUGAAGUGUCUCCACGUCCCCGUCACAGAAAGAUGCUUCUAGCAUCCUCAUUAUUUGUACUUAAGAAAAUGUGAUAAUAAAGAUUUUGAGCAUCUUAGAAAUUAUCA